GAGAGAGAGAGAGAGAGAUAUGGGUGAGGUUGCAGUGGUACCAUCAUCAUGCUAUAAAAGCUUCUUAAUCCGUGCAGGGGCCCAUUUUAGCAGAUGGCAGUGGAAGGGCAAACCGAGCGGGAAAUGGCCAUGCCGUGUGUGGCGUGAUGAUUCAAGAUCACAGCCACUGUUGAUAAAGAGCCAGACCACGAAACCUUCAACUUAUUCUUCCAGUAUCACCACCGAUAUCCCUCUCUACGAAUCCCCUGAGGCAUCUUUCGACGAAUAUCUGAAAGAUAAGCCCAGAGUCUUUAAAGCAAUCUUUCCUGAUAAACGAAGAAGUCAGCAGCUUAAUGAGGAAGACUGGAGAAUCCAUAUGCUGCCCAUCCAAUUCCUGUUUCUGACUGUCUGGCCAGUAAUUGACAUGAGGUUGAAAUGUAAAUCAAAAGGGAUAGAUUACCCAGCUAGAGUACCUCAUGAUAUCACAAAGGUUCUUGAUCUUGAGAUUAUAAGAUGGGAGCUCCAGGGGUUAGAUGACAUUCUCAAGCCAUCUCAGUUUUCCCUCGGUGUAAAAGGAGCUCUGUACCCUGAAAGGCAGGAAGCACAAAGCCGGCUUAAAGGUCAAUUACAGAUGACCAUAAGCUUUGUUCUCCCUCCUGUGCUUGCUUUGGUCCCUGAAGAUGUUCGUCGAGAUGUUGCAGAAUCGGUGCUAAAGAGAUUGGUGGAGAGCAUGAAGCACAAAGUUAAUGGUAGCUUGCUUGCUGAUUACUUUGAGUUCAAGAAGGAGAAACCCAAAAGUUUAGUGUCAGCUGAAGGCUGAAUCUGAUGACGAAUUUGACAGGUUGAUUUUGUUGCAGACCUGAUUGGCACAAGUGGUUAGAAAACGAGAGAAAACUCAUGUAACCAUACAAAGAGGCCUGGGAGAACCUGGUAACCUUGGAAAGCAAAUCUCCAUUUAUAUUUCAAAUAAACUGAGUUGAACAAAUUUGUUUAAGUGAAUGUUGCCUUUUGAUGUAGAUAGUUUUUCACGAAAGUAGUUUUCGGGAGUUUUAUUCGAAUCUGAAUAUGAACCUGAACUGAAGAAACCAGAGGAUGGUUAUAUUAUCUUUUGUCAAAUAUGUUGGCACUUAAAUUGAUGGGGUUAUCAAACAUUG